CUUUUUUUUGUGCUCCUCGAGACCAGCCGACAGAUCGCAAGAAGACGCGCCGUAGAAUCACGACCAUUACUCUUGUGUAUAUCCUGAACCUUUCAGCAUGUCACGAAUUGCUACACAGCGACUUUUCGCGGCAUCGCCGUGCUUGCGGGUUGCGACAUCUGCGCAAGCCACCCAUCGCCCCUUCUACCUCCACGCGCGACACUCGAGCUCCCUGCCCACUGUUGCGCAGCUGGACUUCUGGAAGUCCCUUAUUCCGAAGCCGUUUCGACCCGAGGAGAAGCUUCGCGAUGAUCCCAUGAUCAAGCGCGUUAAGCCGAAGAGGAAGAAGGAGUGGAACCCGGCGACCUUCUACAUCGUCAUCUUUCUACUGAUCGGCUCCAUGUCCAUCAACAUGCUGUCGACGAAGCAGGCGUUUGAGGCCUUCUCGCGCCAAGCAGACGUGCGCAUCAGCGUGUUGAGGGAGGUGGUCGAGAAGCUGCAGAGGGGCGAGGCGGUUGACGUGGAAAAAGCAUUGGGCACCGGCGACCCUCAGAAGGAGCUGGAGUGGGAGGAGAUGUUGAAGGAAAUCGAGCGCGAAGACUUAUCCCGGCAGAAGAAGCAGGAAAAGGCACGGCAGGCGGAAGCCGCAGCGAAGAGCAAGGCCGAAUCGAUCACGGAGCGGCAACCGGCGGCGGCGGCGGCGGCGGCGGCGCCAGAGGCUGUCAAGACGCCGGCACGGGGCAUGUCGAGCUUUUUCUAGGUUGCAAAAUGGAAACGCUUUGGAUUGGUAUAUUUGAUGGAUUAUGACAGCAUGUCCUUGAACACGCCUUGCUUUGCGGCGGAAGUACCCAAGGUUCCGUCCAAACCGGAUGCCCCGUUCGGCAGCUCCCGAAGCUGCUCGACGAGCGCCGGGAGCACGGCAUCGGUGGACACUUCCGUCCGGACUCUCAGAGUGCCUGUUGGGUCCGGAUCCGACAAGGCGGAUAUCUGAUCCUCGCCUCGCACGCCCCCUGUAUUAACGAUGGCGAUUGGCAUUCCGCGGUCCAGCGCCUUCUUGGCUAGUCGCCACGCCGAGUACGUGGCGAGCGAAGUGCCCAGGAUGAGGAGCUUUCCAGCACCAUCAAUAGCCUCCUCAGCGGCGGUCUUGACUUGGCCGGGAAUACUCUCGCCGAACAUGACGACGGCGGGCUUCAAGAUCCCCCCGGAGCUGGUGGGUUUCCACGCACCGUCGGCGUCCACCUCGACAACAUGGCGUGCGCCUUCAGGCGUGGAAGGUGGCUUCGCGAGGCAAUGCGGGCAGGCCGGGUAUCUAAAAGUGGUGUAUGGCGCGCCCGGCAGGUCCACGUCUCCGUCCGGGUUAGUCCGGAUGCCCUUGUGCUUGCGCUCGGCGGGAUCCUCGGUGUCGAGAGCCCCGGAAGCCAAAGCCUCGACGAGGAAGGCGGCCCAGGCGGGAUUGAGCCUCGCAAGCUCGUCCUGGAAGACGUCUCUGGGAUAUUCAUGCCUGCAGGUGACGCAGACGGUGGA